UCUUUAAUUCCGAGACUGCUCUUACGGUCUUACCUCUAACACGACUUCGAUUUCCGAUACCAUCUAAGCCAUUACCAUCUUACAUACGCACAUACAAACACCCUCAUCAGUCCCAUUUCACAGAACUGCUGCAUCCAGCGAUAUAUCGAGCUUGGCCUUCCAUGGCGGCAAAUCACAACAGCAAGAUGAAGACGACGAUGAUGUGUCAACGUCCUGAUCACCACUUAACCAGGCAGCCAUCGAGUCUCUCCAAUUACGAAGGCUACCAUGGAGACGAAACCGCUUCAGUUCCAUUCACGUGGGAAUGGCAGCCAGGUACUCCUAAGCAUCAAUUCCGUGAAACCACUCUUCCUCCUCUCACUCCUCCUCCAUCUUACUACUCUCAUGCUUCUUCUUCUACUCCGAAAUCCUUUGUUAAAGCUCGUAAGAGCAAGAAUUUUCCUCCUCCUCCCUCUAAGUCCAAUCUUUUGCAAUCUAUAUUCCCCAAGCGUGCCGCAAGGAAAGCACGGGCUGCUGAUGCUCCUCCGCUGCCGCCGUCGCCACCUGCUAAUUCAUCUCCGUCGCUGUCGUUUUCUUCUUCCUCCACGUCUUCGUCGUCGUCGUAUCAAUCGUGGCAGAGAUCGCGCUCGGUGCCGUCUACGCCGAUGAGGUAUCCGGGAAAGGAGAAGGAGGACGAAGAAGAUCUGUUUGAUGCGCCUGUUUCGGGGGGUAUGUGUUUCGGUAAUGCGGGCUUUAGAGGGUUCUAUUCCUCCAUGAUCAAGAAGGUGAUGCUCGGAGAUUUUCUGUAAAAUCUCGUUAACAGUGUUUGUGAGAGCUGCUUGUACUGAGAAAGAACACCGUGUGUCAGCCAGUGGUGUAAAACGAUAAAAGCAUAGUAUAUGCAUAAAUUUUAAAGGAUUUUUAAGACCUUACCCCGUUAAUUUGCAUGUCAUUUCCUUUGUUUUCGUCAAAAUCAAUAAAUAUAAUAUAUAAACAUUAAAAUAAGUCACACUUUUUUCUUGUAUUAUUGUAUCGACUAGAUUUAGUUUGCGAGUAUUAAUUUCAUUUUUGGCCUUUGGACGUUAUAAAGAAGAAGAAGAAGAAAAUCAGUGAAAAUAAAUCAGUUCAGGUAUUUAACAUUGAUUUUCGUUAUUCGACAAAUUUACCAACCUAGAUGUCAUGUAGUUUGAACUUUGAAAUAAGUUAUACAGUUUAUAGCUAAUGAAUAAUGUUGAAUUGUAAACAUAUCUUUUUUAGUUAAAAAAACAAAAACAAAUACGAAGAAUUAUGUGUAUUAUAUUUGUCUAUUGAUCUCGAAGGUGAUUUCUUCAAUAUAUCGACUGGGAGGUAAAUUUUAGUAAUUUAACUAUUAUAUCAAAUCUUACCUUAAUAAUGAGAGAUGGACUUAGAAGGGGUGAAAAUCCUCAAAAAGUAAAGAAGAUAUCUUUUAAAUUCUAUUACUUAAUAUUUUGAAAAACUUAAAAUACUAUCACUUCUCGUUAUUUGAGCCCUACUAAGCAGAAUAUUUAUUAUACCAACAACAAUUUUAUGAAUAUCUUAAAAAUAUUUUUAACAUAUUUAUUUAAUAUAAUUGCAUAUGUUCGAAAUUACUUUGUUGGAAUAUGAGAUUAUUAAUUUCAGGUGGAGCAAAGGAUAUAUACAACCUAAACUUCAAUGCAUUAAUUCAUUUGUGCUAAAAAAAAAAAUUAUCAGUUCAUCUUCAUGAAGAAAGAAUUGUCACGGCACCGUUGGACAAGAUAUAAAAAGAAAAAGCAUUGUAUAUAGAUGGUAUUAUAAGUUUAUUAAUGUGAUCACUUGAGAAUUUCUAUAGUUUCACUAGAAAUAAUAAUAAUGCAAUUAAUAUAUUAAUUGUUUUAAGAAUAGAUGUUUUACUCAUAUGUGAAGUCAUUAACUGCAAGCUCGGAUGGAGUCAACUUCCGCUACGUUAAUUCUUUUUUCCCCCUUUUCUAAUUGACAUAUCAAAUGGUUGGUUAGCUUUUUUAGCGGCAGUUUCUUCUCAAUUAUUUUCCCGCCUCUUGUGUGAGAAUUUUCUUCCCC